AUGUGGCCGCUCCGCCUGGUCAGGGCCCUGCAGCGAUGUGGUGGUCAGGUGGCCACGGGCAGCAGCCGGAGGGCACCGCAUGGCACCGCUGCUGCAGCUGCCACUGGGCAGGUGCCAGGCUGGACGGGGCAGGAGAGCCUGGCAGAGAGCGACCCUGAGGUCUGGAGCCUGGUUCAGAAGGAGAAGGAUCGGCAGUGCCGGGGGCUGGAGCUCAUCGCCUCUGAGAACUUCUGCAGCCGGGCAGCACUGGAGGCUCUGGGGUCCUGCCUCAACAACAAGUACUCAGAAGGGUACCCUGGAAAGAGGUACUAUGGUGGAGCAGAGGUGGUGGAUCAGAUCGAGCUGCUGUGCGAGCAGAGGGCUCUGGAGGCCUUCGACCUGGACCCUGCCCUCUGGGGGGUCAACGUCCAGCCCUACUCGGGGUCCCCGGCCAACUUCGCAGCCUACACAGCCCUGCUGCAGCCCCACGACCGCCUGAUGGGACUGGACCUGCCCGACGGGGGCCACCUCACCCACGGCUACAUGUCGGACACCAAGAGGGUCUCGGCCACAUCCAUCUUCUUCGAGUCCAUGCCCUACAAACUCAACCCAGCCACGGGGCUGAUUGACUACGAGCAGCUGGAGCUGACUGCGAGGCUCUUCCGUCCCCGCCUGGUCGUCGCUGGCACCAGCGCCUACGCCAGGCUCAUCGACUACGCUCGCAUGAAGAAGGUGUGUGAGGAGGUGAAGGCGUACCUGCUGGCAGACAUGGCACACAUCAGUGGGCUGGUGGCAGCCAAGGUCAUCCCUUCGCCAUUUGAGCACGCAGACCUGGUCACCAGCACCACACACAAGACCCUGCGCGGUGCCAGGUCAGGGCUGAUCUUCUACCGCAAGGGCGUGCGCUGGGUGGACAAGAAGGGUGGCAAGGAGACCCUCUACGACCUGGAGGACAGAAUCAACUUUGCUGUCUUCCCCUCACUGCAGGGGGGGCCCCACAACCAUGCCAUAGCUGCCGUGGCCGUGGCCCUCAAGCAGGCCAGCUCGCCAGCAUUCCAGCAGUACUGCCAGCAGGUCCUGAGGAAUGCCAAAGCCAUGGCACAGGCCCUGCUCCAGCGUGGGUACACCCUGGUGUCAGGUGGCACCGACAACCACCUGGUGCUGGUGGACCUGCGGCCGAAGGGCAUCGACGGGGCACGGGCAGAGCGGGUGCUGGAGCUCGUCUCCAUCACUGCCAACAAGAACACCUGCCCCGGGGACCGCAGCGCGCUGACGCCGGGGGGGCUGCGCCUGGGUGCCCCUGCCCUGACCUCUCGCCACUUCCGUGAGGAAGACUUCCAGAAGGUUGUGGCCUUCAUCGAUGAGGGCAUCAACCUGGCACUGGACGUCAAGAGCAAAACCAGCAAGCUGCAGGACUUCAAGAGCUUCCUGCUGCAGGACCCAGAGACGCAGCAGCGCCUGGCCCAGCUGCGGCAGCGCGUGGAGACCUUCGCCCGAGGCUUCCCCAUGCCAGGCUUCAGCGACCACUGA